UGUGCAGAUGUUUCUUUUCCCUGCGUCUGUGUGAAUGGCGUCUGUUUAGAGGGAAUCAGCCCACAGGCGACAGCUCAUGGUGCUUCAUUCAAACAAGUGGAGCAGACAGCUGACUGCAGAAAAAUAAGAACCUCGGCCGAACAUUCCUGGUCUCAUUUGUGGGAAUUCACCUUCGAUUUAAACGACGUCCAACAACUGAACACGUGACGACUCCACCUCAGGUUCAAGUGGAUUAUUGUGAAGGAAAAACAACAAAAUGGGAAAUGUGCUUGACUCUGAAGGAGGAUCAGUGGACGACGGACCGUCCACCACUUCUACCACCCAAGAGGACAAACUCAUAAUAAGUCUGAAAUCCUUCAUGCUUCUCUACCAUCAACAUGACGGCCGUCUUCAAAGAGCUUCAGAGAGCUUCGCGCAGGCGGCUGCUCGACUGCAGAACACACAGAAUGAAGUUGCUUCAUUUCCGGAUCUGCUCAGUUUGUCUGGGGGAGCUGUUGGAGGAGUUUGUGGCGGCUUUACUGGUGGAGUUGGGGGGGCAUUGGGGGCAGUUGCUGCAGCAACCUGUGCAAGACUUUGUGGAAAAAUGAAUGCAGUUGAUGCAACUGUCGGCUUUGUAGGCAGUGUGUUCGGUGGUGUAGCUGGAGGAGUGUUUUCUGGCAGUGUUGGAGGUGCUGUUGGUGUCGCAGUGGAAGCGUCAAGUAAUUCAUUUCAUGGUGCAGUCAAUAAAGUAGUAUGCUUCACCAUUGGUCUCACAACUGGCGGUGCAAUCGGUGGUAUUUUUGGAGGGCCAGUUGGUGCAGCAGGUGGUGCUGCUGGUGGCGGAUUUGGUGCGUUGUGCGGAACAGGAUUGGCGGUUUAUUUAGUCGGGGGUGUCGCUGAUAGUGUUUGUGGAACCAAAGAUUCAAGAGAAGAUGAAAACAGGACAAAGAACAUGAAGAUGAUACAAAAAGCUGCAAACGAGUUCAGUGAAGGAAUCAAACCUCUGGUGCAGCAGCUGAAAACCGUCCAGAUGAUCAGUGAUGAAAUGACCUCCAGCGCUAAUGUGCAAAGAUUCACAAGACAAACUGCGAAGACUCUGGCUGCUGUGACGGCGAUGCAGAAAACCAUCAGUGACUCUCAGAGAGCCAAAGAUCCGACUCAGUUUGUUGCAGAAGCAGCAAGAAAAAGCAGAAAAAUCACUGAGGAACUGAGAAACAUGAGCACAGAGGCUGAAAACCUUCUGUUUGUACCGAGGAAACUCAGAAGAUAAUGGCUGAACCUCAGCAGUAAACCAAGAAACGUAGAAAAGCAUUAAAAACAGAGCUAAUGUCAUGUUACAUUUUCUUUCAACUUCAACAAUUCAAGAACAUUCAUGCUCCUCCAGUGAUAUUUUUUUCUUAUUGUAUCUUAAUCAACAGUUUUGUAAUUAAUCUUUUUAAAUUCCCUCCCUGUGUAUCCUGAUGUGUUUUAUGUUCUGACUGUAUGAAACACUAAGACUCACCAACGCUCUCUUCUAAAGUCAUUUUGCUGUUGUUACAGACUUUUAGUCCAUGAUCAUAUAGGACUUAUGGGAAAUUGUGUUUUAAAGCCAGCUAAAAAAAAAAAAAAACUACCAUCCUCAUCUAAACAUAUGAAACGAGCCACGUGACGUACAUACUGUAUGUUUAGUUAUUUUUUAGUAGAAUGGGAUUUUGAACGAGGUUUUCUUUUGUCUGCAGAACCAGAAAUUCUGGUUUCACUUCGGCUCUCUGUACUUUCACUUUACAGAUAGAUUGACAGCAAGCGGCAAACCCAAGCCAACACGGAAGAAACAAAAACAGUUCUUCGACUGGCCGCUUGAGGCUGCCUCCAGAAGCAAAUCAGUCCCCAUAGACUCCAUGUUAAAAUGCCUAACUUUACAUCAGAAAUAAACAUGUUUACAGCCUGGUACAAAAAACAGUUUGGGUUUCU